AGGAUAUGAGAUUCUUAAAUUUGAAAUUUUUUUGUAACAAUAAGAUUUUAUCAGAAUGAUAGAAUUCAAAAUGAUGGUUUGAAAAUGUCCUAACAACCAUAUAAGCAAGAAUAGUGAUACACAAAUGUAACUCAUUCCUAGUUAAGAUUUAUUGGAUUAGAGACCACAAAAAGACCUUCCAUAGAAUGGAAAAUGACAUAGGAAUUUGGCAUUAUGUUCUUUUACAUAGAUAAUAAUUUGAUAACCUUGAUGCAUCUUAUAAUGAGAAAAAUUGUAAAGCUAUAAAAGCCAGUAUAAACUUAAGAUCGGUCUUAAUACAUUAGUAUUAGUAUAGCAGAAGAAAAAAAAAGCUAAUCCCAGCUGAACAGAGUAAAUAUAACCUGAAAGGUCUUAAGAAGGUCAAAUA